AUGUCGUCUCUUAAAGAUACCAUCUCCCAGACCGUAGUCCUCAUCGCCAGAGCCACCACCACGACCGGCUCCGACGACAAGAACGACCAGGAGACCGACCGCGACCGCGGCAGCAAUUCCAGCUCCCCGCUCCUCUUCUUCGUCGCCCUAGGCUUUGGCGUCGUCUUCACCAAUCUAUGGAUCAUUGUUGGCGUCAAAUACUGCUUUCGAUACAACGCUCGUAAUCGAGCCGCCCGCUUGAGCGAGGAGGGUGAACCCAUCAACAUGGAGAACAUGCCGCGCCCUCACCGUCGCCGCCGCGAGAAGAAACUCAUGACCAUGGACGAGGUCAACGACAAGUUCCCCAUGAUGAAGUACAAGGCCUGGGUCUCGAGUCGUGCCCACGAAGGUCUCCCCACCGCCGGCGGCAUCGACCCAGACGCCGCACGACCCGCCGCCACCCUCGGCAACGCUGACGGCAUCCUCCCCGACGCCUCGGUCAACGAGCGGACAUUGUCCGACAACCCUUCACCAUCAUCCCAGCAGCCCGCCGACAACAACAACAACAACAGCACCACCAUCACAACUGCCACCUCUAGGGAAGCAUCGCCCACCCGUGCUGCCCCCACCAGCGACGGCGACGACGACGACGACAACAUCAAUGAGAAGAGGCAAGACAUUCAGCAACAAUCGCGACCAGUCUCUGGCCACGACCAGGGCCAGCCCUCGACCAACACCCAGCGCGUCGACAGCCGCGACGACGACGAUGACGACGACGACGACGACGAGCACAUCAACGCUGCCCUACCCCCCGACCGUAUCCAGGCCCCCGGCGACUCUUGCGCCAUCUGCAUCGACACGCUCGAGGAUGACGACGACGUGCGCGGCCUCACCUGCGGCCACGCCUUCCACGCCGGCUGCAUCGACCCCUGGCUCACCAGCCGCCGCGCCUGCUGCCCCCUCUGCAAGGCAGACUACUACAUCCCCAAGCCGCGUCCCAACCAGGAUGGCCAGGACCCCAACGCCGCCAGCCCGCCUGCGUUUGACGCCCCCGCCAACUCGCGUCUCAACCUGCCUACCGUGCUCAGGAGCGUCUUCCGCACUCCGACCUACGAUCCCCAGAUUACCGCACCUCCCCGCCGUUCACGUCGGAGGAGAGCACGGGCCGACAACUCCGCGCCUGGACGGCAACGGACCGCUAGCACCCGAGAAGUGGGUUCCAGCCCCGGCAUGUUUGCUUAUAUGCGCUCCGCUCUGAGGUUCGGCAGCCGUGGAAACGACCGGACGACAGGCAGCUCGACACAGCAGCAAGCCGAGGUGACUCCAUCGCAACUCGAGUCUGGCACCGCCCGAGCAUGA